AUGUUGUCCGCUCAACCCCUCCUCGUUCUGGGCUUCGCCGCCGUCGCCCAGGCUGGAUACUACGCCGCCUACCCAUUCACCAACGCCAGCUCGUCCGAGAUCGUUGCCUUCACCACCGUCACGACCUCGAUCCUCACCACGGUGUGCCCCACGCCCGCAACGCUGACCUACGGCACCAAAACCUACACCGUGACCGCCAGUCAGACCUUGACAGUGACGGACUGUCCUUGCGUUGCAACCGUCCCGAUCUACUCGGCCAAGCCCAAGCCCACGCCGCCAGUUGCGCCCGUUGGAACCGCCGUGCCUCAUCCAGGAUACAACAACACCUCUCCUCCAAUCUAUGUCACCAAGACGUUGACCUACUCGGAGUACACCACAUACUGCCCAACCCCGGCUACUUUGACCUACGGCUCCCAAGUCAUCACGGUCACCAAGCCAAUGACUGUGACUGUCACCUCGUGCGAGAUCACAGCCACAUUGCCUGGAACCGUUUCUACCGUCGUUGUAGGCACAACCUCCAUCUACCUGCCUACGCCCACACUCGUCACGAUGAACAUGACUACUUACCCCGUUACCGUCCCAACCUACGUCACAUACCCAAUCUACGGCACUACUGUCGUCCCGGUCUACCCUCCAUCAUUCCAGACCCCUAAUGCUCCGUCCCCAAGCGCACCAGGCGCACCAGGCGCCCCAGGAGCCCCAGGCGCACCAAGCCCCCCAAGCCCCAACGCACCAGCCACUACCCCAGCCCCGCCAGCUGUUAUCCCACCCUACCCAAUUGGCAGCCCUGUUACCAGCGGCGUCGCAUCCAGCACUGCUGCGCUCCCAAUUCCAUCCGCCCCCCCCGUGGUGACUGGUGGCGCUGCUAUCAAGCAGGCCGGCCUUGGUGUCGUGGCCGCUGGUUUGAUCGCCCUGAUCCUGUAA